UUAAGAGCUUUUGCACUGAGCAUAAGAUACAGUUACACUUUAUUGCAACGGGCUCUAGCAGGGCAAAUGGACAAGUUGAGAGGGUUAUGCGAACUCUUAAAAGCUUGUUGACUAUUGUUGAAAACGACCCUAAUAAAACGUGGCGCGAUGAAUUAGGAAAAAUUCAACUUGCUCUCAACAGCACCAAAUCUACCGUAACAAAAUACUCACCCACAGAACUGAUGUUAGGGAUUCGUGCACAAUCGCUAGGUAUGUCUAGACUAAACGCAGAGGUUAAUAGUCAACGCAACAGGCUAGAACUUGACACUAUACGGGAAGAUGCGUCAGCUAAUAUUCAAAAGGCAGCUAAGUCCGAAGUUGAUCGAUUUAAUCGGGGUCGUGCAAUAAUAAAACCGUUUAGAAAAGGUGCAUUUGUGUUUCUUAAAAAUAGUGAACGGAAUAAAACUAAAUUGGAUAGGAAGUUUAAGGGCCCAUUCAUCAUAACUGCGGUGUUAGAAAACGAUCGGUAUGAAUUGAAAAGUUUAAGUGGUUCUCAACGAGUGUAUAAGUAUGCCCACGAGAAUUUGCGUCCAGUGCCCCAAGGUCACGACGGUUUACUUGAAAUAACGUAUAACCUUUUGAAUUAUGACGAGGCCGAGACGGCGCCUGAAGAUGUUGAUGAUGUAACUUUAAUUGAUAGAGAUGACACCUUGACUGCAUGCUCGGAUGCUAUUUCUACCGAUUCCCGUACUAUCACAGCCAAUUCAGACACUCUUAGUGUAUAUUCUGAUCCUGAGACCUGGGAUAUACAAAAUGAAAUAGAAAUUUACGCUGAACAAGAUAAUCCGUAACCAUAGGCAGAUUUUAACGCCCGGGGACGGUCGAAUGUCAGUCCGGCCGUGACGGCGCGUCAAAGUUUAGAGUGAAUACGGCCUGUCAAAGUCACUCUAGCGGAGCGUCGCGUUUAUGGUAGCGGGGAAAAGGAUCGCCAUCUUGUUUUUCUCGAGAGGCGGGAAGAACCAGCGCGCCGUUUUUGCGACGAAUCGCUGUUUGUUAACUUAAACAAAUUAUUUUAUGAUAGUCUUUAUUGAAAUACUGAUAAUU